CGAGCUUUUCUGCUGGGUUGCUAACAGUGGAGGCAGAGGGCCCCUCCUGCUGUAGCCUGGGGCAGUAGGGGCUCCCCAUUCAGGGUCCACCAGGGCCCAGAAGCACUAAAGAAGUCCAGAAGAAGCGACCCAGAUCAGCGUGGCCUCAGGUGAAAGUCCUACCUGGCAUAUCUUCCUCCUUGUAAUGAAAGUAGUCCUGUUAAAAUCAGUCAAGAUGAACCUCAUGGACGUCACUAAGAUCUUCUCCCUCCUGCAGCCCGAAAGAGAGGAGGAGGACACAGACACAGGGGAAAAGCAGGCUCUCCAUCAAGCAGUAUAUGACAAUGACUCCUAUACCUUGGAUCAGCUUCUACGCCAGGAGUGUUACAAACGUUUCAUCAACAGCAGGAGUGGCUGGGGUGUUCAUGGGACACCACUGCGCUUGGCUGCUUCCCGUGGACACUUGAGCUGUUUGCAGGUCCUCCUGGCACAUGGUGCUGAUGUUGACAGCUUAGAUGUCAAGGCACAGACACCACUAUUCACCGCCGUCAGUCAUGGCCAUCUGGACUGUGUGCGUGUGCUUUUAGAAGCUGGUGCAUGUCCUGGAGGUAGCAUCUACAACAACUGUUCUCCUGUGCUCACAGCUGCCCGUGAUGGUGCUGUUGACAUCCUGCAGGAGCUCCUAAGCCAUGGCGCAGAGCCCAAUGUCAAGGCAAAACUACCAGUGUGGGCAUCAAAUAUAGCUUCAUGUUCUGGCCCUCUCUAUUUGGCCGCAGUCUAUGGGCACCUGGACUGUUUCCGUCUGCUUUUGCUCCAUGGAGCAGAUCCUGAUUACAACUGCACUGACCAGGACCUACUGGCUCGUGUUCCAGAGCCCCGCACCCUUAUUGACACCUGCCUUUACCAUAAUUGUGAUCCAGAGUAUAUUCAGCUGUUAAUUGACUUUGGUGCUAACAUCUACCUUCCAUCUAUCCCUCUGGGCCUGACCUCUCAAGCGGAUAAAGGUGUUGCAUUGCUGAUGCAGGCCCGAGCCAUUCCACGGUCACUCCUAUCUCAGGCCCGUUUAGUUACCCGCAGAGUCCUGCACCAGGCCGGCCAGCUACAAGCCUUCGACCAGCUGGAUAUUCCCCCUGUGUUGAUUAGCUACCUCAAAUACAAACCGUGAUCUUGCAAUGUUCCAAGCAACCCACGAUGCCUCCAAAACCCAGGUAGCUGUAGGGCAUGACAACCCACUCAAUUGGAGCUUCUCUCCCAUAUUAUCCUCCACUAUUAAAUCAUCAGCAAAAUAAAAAUAAAAAUA